AUGGCUGAACAAGGCUUGCCAGCUGGUAGCACUGUCACACCACCCGAUCUGUUCGAAAGCAUUCUCAAGCAUGGAACCAAGGAGCAUCGAACAAUUCUUUCCACAAUCGACCCGUCGGCCCGUCACUACGAUUCCCGAGUCACCUGCACCAUCUGUCUGUCGCCGUAUUUCUCACUAAACGACGAUGGCAGCUCAGAAUCGCCAGUUGUGAUGCCUUGUGGCCACUAUUUCGGAGAAUCCUGCACUAUGGAGUGGCUACAGACCAAAUCGACUUGCCCCUUGUGCCGAAGCGACCUAAGAUUUGGCUGCGGUCAUAUUAUUGCACCGGUCGAAGCAUUUAUCGGGACUCCGCCAAAUGGAAUCUUGAAAAUCUGCCUUAGCUGUUCGCUGUUAUCCCUCGACGAGAGCAUUGCCAUGAAUGAGGAAACCGCCCUACACCGGAUCGUUAGCUCUCGAGUUAUUAUCGGCAGUGUGGGGGAGUUGCUAGCGAAAGGGCUUGUGAAAGAGGAUCGGUUAGAGUUUCUAACGACUAAAUUAGCGAAAUCAAAGUGGGAGCUUACGAACUCUACGGCUUUCCUUGCAAAAUGUCAAGAAACCUACCUAAAACUCAGGAGGACGCAGACGGAUAGGGCAGCUGGCACAUGGCACAUGAGCCUUUCAUCUGCUCGAUAA